CAAAAACACAACAAGUACUUAGAGAAUGUAUUAGACAAAAGUUGCUGUUGAUAAUACGAAAAUUAUUAUUUUCAAAAAAUACAAUUUUGUGUUUAAUUUAUGCAAUAGCAUGCAUUUUAAGGUGAUACUUAUUUUUUCUUUAUUGGAGUGGGUUUUAGCUGCGAGAAAGAUUCCAGAUAAUCUCUUAUUUGGUGCUGCAACCGCUGCCUAUCAAAUUGAAGGUGCCUGGAACGAGGAUGGCAAAGGUGAAAGCAUGUGGGAUCGAUUUGAACACGAUAGAGGUGGUGAAAAUGGCGACAUAACUUGUGACUCUUACCAUAAAUGGCAGGAAGAUGUCGCCAACGCAAAACAAUUGGGUUUGAAUUUUUACAGAUUCUCUAUAGCUUGGACUAGAAUCCUGCCAAAUGGAACACUGAAUUCUAUCAACCAAAAGGGGAUCGAUUAUUAUUUAAAUUUAAUUAAAGCUCUAAAAGACGCUGGUAUUGAACCAAUGGUAACUAUAUAUCACUGGGAUAUGCCCCAGCAUCUCAACGAGCUAGGAGGGUUCCUUAAUCCUCAAUUUGCAGAUUACUUUGGCGACUUUGCUAGGCUGGUGUACCAACUAUAUGGCUCUUAUGUCAAGUACUGGAUUACAAUAAAUGAACCGCUUUCCAUCUGCCUUGGUGGUUAUGGAAGUGGCCAAACUGCACCUGGACUAAAACUGGACGGAGAUGGAAACUAUCAGUGCGCUUAUGUACUACUUAAGGCACACGCUAAAGCUUAUCGGAUUUAUGACGAAGAAUUUAAGUCGAAAUAUAACGGUGAAGUUGGAAUAUCACUAAACACAAACUGGUUCGAACCAGCCAAAGAAGAUUCUAAAGAAGACUCUUUGGCGUGCGAAAGGAUACUUCAAUUUAUGUUUGGAUGGUUUGCCAAUCCAAUUUCCAAUGGAAACUGGCCACAAGUUAUGAUUGAUAGAAUUGCUAACAGAAGUGCCUUGGAAGGACUAGCAAGAUCACGUUUACCAGAAUUCACUCAAGAGGAAAUCGAGUAUAUCAAAGGAACUUAUGAUUUUAUUGGUUUUAAUACAUACAAGGUAUAUAAAGCUGAAAAUAUAGAUUACCCCAUAGGCAAUCCUAGUUACAACUAUGACUCAGGAGUUUCAUACGAUACUGAUGUUUUUUACUUUUAUCCAGAAGGUUUUCGAAAGCUAAUAAAUUUUAUAAACCAUAACUAUAAUCCUAGCUCUAUUAUUGUUACCGAGAAUGGACUUCAGACUGGGGACAGCUUGGAGGAUCAGGACAGAAUUGAAUAUCUAACCGGCUAUAUAGACAAUCUUCUCGAUGCUAUUGAAUUAGAUGGUAUCAACGUUGUUGGUUAUACAGUUUGGAGUAUUAUGGAUAACUUUGAAUGGGGAACAUACGCAAAUAGAUUUGGUUUGAUCAGAACCGACUUUGAGGAUGCGAACAGAACCAGAACAUGGAAAGCUUCAGCCAAAUGGUAUCAAAAUCUCAUUGCUACGAGAGAACUUAAAAAUGACACACAAAACACAAAAUAGAAAUUUUGGUUUAUCGUUUAUUCCUUUAUAAAAAUGGACAAAAUACAGUAAAUUCGGUAGGAAAUAAAAUUAUCGAUCUACCACGGGAAUUAUCAGGGGUUAAUACCCACGGGCAAUUGGUUUCUCUCGGGCCAGUAUUUACACCCUCAUAAUUCCCUUGAUACAUAAAUAACUAUAAUGAAUUUAAUUGUACAAAAAUAUUGUCAAAAAAUGAUAAUGUUUGAUGAUAAUUUGCGAAUAAUGCGAAUUGACCCUUUUAUCCAAGUAGAUUUUUUUUAACGUUCCCAUGUCGCCGUGCGCGAAAUGAUUCUCCAGUGUGCGAAAUGCCUAGUUCGGGCAUACGGAGUAGAAGCACUUUUUGUGCUUCAGCAAUAUUUACAAGCCUCACUACGUUCGGCUCGCAAACCUACUGCUUCAGCACAAACAUUAAAGCUUCUACUCCUAAUACUAUCCUAUAGAGUGAAAAAUAACAGUUAGCUGUCACCGGAUCAUUUUUGGCGGCAGUGUUUUAGUUUUUGUGCUAAUUUUCAAUGUAAAAUAAAUUCCAAAGUUAAUAAAUUCAAAUAACGAGA